AUGAAAAGGAACUUUAACAUGUUCAGUAUGGUUCAAGCUAUUACGGUUCUGACAAUUCUCAAGAUGCUUGCCAAUGCCCAAACCACGUGUAACGGCAACGCUGGGAGGAUAGUGUAUGAAAGAUUACCGGAUCAACAGCUCCAAGGGUUCGAUGAUGAAGUGGUGAGAGAUUCGGCGCCGCCGUUCCGUGUUUUGGAAAAAUGUCAGGACCUGUGUUUACGUGACAGGACUGCAGGGAAUAAUUUGCCGCGUGCCUGUGCAAGCUUUGAUUUCCAGCCUGGAAGUAGAAUCGCCUCGUUCAGCGGUACGCCGGAGUAUGAAGAGAGCACGUGCUAUUUGACCAGAGAACAAGCUCAGCCCGAGGGAAUUGGCAAUUUAAUGCUCGUACCCAAUAGCGUCCACUUUACUGAAGUCUGUCUCACGAUCGAAAGAGACUGUCCAAACAGACGGUACAUUUUUGAGCGACACCCCAGGAAGAAAUUAAAGUUACCUAUGACUGAUGUCAGAGAAGUUCCUGCUGCUAAUCGAACAGUCUGUGAAGAAAGUUGUUUAAACGAGUACCACUUUGUCUGCCGUUCGGCGACAUUCGAUGCAGUAAAUAGAAAUUGUUUAAUGAGUCGUUUCACCAGAAGAACACAUCCAGAACUUUUAGAGGAUGAUCCCAAUACUGAUUAUUUGGAAAAUACUUGUUUAAAUGCGGACAGAAGGUGCGACGGACUGACAGUGUUUAUCAAGGAAGAAAACAGGAGACUUCGCGGGCCCUUCGAGGUGGACAUAUACACAAACUUGACGCUGGAAGAGUGUCAAAAUCUCUGUUUGCGGGCUGAUAAAUAUUUUUGUCGCAGUGUGGAGUUUGAUGAGCAAACACGCCAGUGUGUUAUUUCUGAAGAAGAUUCUGUCUCACAGAAAGACGAUAUUGGGACCAGUAACAGCCCUUCUUAUCAUUUUUAUGAUCUUGUCUGUCUUGAUAAUCAUAAAUGUCAACCAAAUGCCAGCUUACAAAAAGUAGCUUCUCCUACAGCACGUGGCUCCGAGUACCCGGACAACUCCGUCUCAGGACACUACCCGGACAGCAGACGUCCAGACACGGCCUUCCAGCGGUACAGGAACUCGCGUUUGAGCGGAGAGUUCCACUCAGAGAUAACUGGAAGGAGUCUCAGCGAGUGUUUGGACGAAUGUCUUCGGCAAACGAGCUUCCAAUGCCGAUCCGCGGUUUAUUCUGAGCACCUCCGCUCCUGCCGACUCAGCAGAUUCAAUCAGCGUGAUGGCCAUCGGAUCAUCUACGACGCCGACUUUGACUAUUACGAAAACCUCAUGCAUCAAUAUUUAGAUGGAGAUCGAGAUAAUCCAAUGUACAGACCCGACCCCGUGGGACAGGGCACUAAUUUCGAGAAGCCGUCCCUCGGGCGACCAGGUCACCCGGACGACUACGACAAAGGGUAUCCGGGCGGUUCUCAUGGCGACCGCUACCCAGAUUACUAUCCACCCCCCGGAGACAGAUACCCCAGCAGCAAGUACCCGAAUCAAUACCCGGACGAUCGCUACCCCGAUAAAUAUCCGGAUCGAUACCCCAGCGAUCGUUAUCCUCUGGACCGGUACCCGCAUGAUCGGUACCCCAGUUCUGGGGACCGGUACCCGGCAGAUCGCUAUCCUGUUCCGAGCGACCGCUAUCCUGCGUCAGGUGACCGGUAUCCUAGCGAUCGGUACCCAGUGGGUGACAGGUAUCCUGGUGAUCGGUAUCCAGCAGGUGACAGGUACCCGGUGGGCGGUGAUCGUUAUCCUGUGGGUGGAGAUCGCUAUCCUGUAGGUGGAGAUCGCUAUCCAAUUUCUGGAGAUCGGUACCCGAUAAGCGGUGAUCGAUAUCCUGUAAACAGUGAUCGGUAUCCAAUGAACGAUCGAUAUCCUGUCAAUGGUGAUAAUUAUCCGUUGAUCAAUACUCCAGGCUAUCACCGAUAUCCUCCGCCUCCAGUGUAUCCAUCCUCAGGACACCGGUACCCAAGCGGUCCAGGAAGUAGAUAUCCAGUGAAAGACGAGCCUUAUCAUCCUGGUUCUGGCACACGUUAUCCAAUACCGGAUGAUCCUUUAACGCGGUAUCCGACUCCCGGUAUCAAUAGAAUACCCUCCCGAUAUCCCAAUGAUAGAUAUCCUGACAAAGACCCUUAUCCUUUUCGUGACAGAUAUCCUGGAGCGUAUCCAAAUGGGUAUGAGGAUGACAUCCGAGGCACAAAAGGGUUCGCAGAUAGGCCGGGAUAUUACUCCCUAGGAGGAGUAGCGGGAGCCGUUAGGCCAGGACCACCAGGAGCAGGAGCAGGAGCAGGAGCAGGAUACCCGGAACCCUCGCCCGACAACUUCAUGGCGGGGGUGGGUGUGGGUGGCGGUGUGGGCGACACAGAUCCGUACAACAGUGUCCGGCCAAUUGGCUCCGGCGGCGGGACAAUUAUCGGGCGACCGCCGUUGCUUUCACGGUGCGACGAGCAGGAGAACUUUCGUCAAGUCGGAUCCCACACCCGGGUCCGCAAGCCCUUUGUCCGCAGAUACACAACCGCCAACACAUUGACCGAGUGCGAAAGAGAGUGUGCCGACGCGAGAGACUUUGUCUGCAGGUCCUUCAAUUUUAGGGCAUACGCCGCGCCCUACGGCGCCGAGAGAGACAAUUGCGAGCUUAGCGACAGAGAUUCCAGGGACAUGGCCAUGAAUAAUCCGAUUUACUACGACACUUCCUCUGAUUACGAUUUCUAUGAGAGGAACAGCGCUAGGCAGGGUGCUGACGGCGAAUGUUUAGAUGUGAGCCAAGUAUGCAGCGAAGACGGCAUGGAAUUCACAUUAAGAACUCCCGAUGGUUUUAUUGGACGCAUUUAUACCUACGGUUAUUACGAUCGUUGCUUUUUCCGCGGUAAUGGCGGCACUGUUAAUGUAUUACGUAUAAGUGGGCCUCAGGGUUAUCCUGAAUGCGGAACACAACGGUACGGAGAUACGAUGACAAACAUAGUAGUGGUGCAGUUUUCCGACUACGUACAGACGGGGAGAGACAAGCGGUUUAAUCUAACAUGUCUAUUUCGGGGUCCAGGAGAGGCGGUUGUCACCUCGGGAUACAUCGGAGCUGGAUCAGGUUCGCCGAUACCUAUUGAGUACUUGCCAGCUGAAAACACCCUGAGCUCCCGCGUCAGGCUGAUGAUUCUCUACCAGGGUCGCCCGACGACAACCAUUGCCGUCGGUGAUCCUCUUACAUUCCGGCUAGAGGCCCAGGACGGCUACAACUAUGUGACAGACAUAUUUGCGACGAAUGUCAUUGCCCGGGACCCCUACUCGGGUCGCAGCGUUCAACUGAUUGACAGAUAUGGCUGUCCAGUUGACAACUACGUCUUCCCGGGUCUGGAUCGACUGCGCGAGGGUGACAGUCUCGAGGCGCGUUUCAAUGCCUUUAAAAUCCCGGAAUCAAAUUUCCUGGUCUUUGAGGCAACUGUGAGAUCCUGUCGCGACGGAUGUCAGCCAGCUUACUGUUCCGGAAGCGCAGGCAGGAGUGAGCCUUCCUUUGGCAAACGCAGACGUCGAUCUUUGAACGGUACCACCGAUGAUGUAUUAUUGGAUGAGCACGAGAAACUUUUCACGGCGAAGAAUGACACCGAGUUAAUAGAAGACGACGAACAAGACGACCCCGAGGAGGCUGAAGAGGAACAUGUGAGAGAAAUGAUUGAAGUCCUGGACUCCCGGUACGACAUGGAUGAUAAUUACUACAGCAGUAAUGUUGUACAAAAACAAAUAGCGCCGGUAGAAACUAUUUGUAUAACUCCUAAUGAAUACUAUGGAUUAGUAACAGCCAUUGUUGGUCUAGCUGUAUUAUUAUCUUCUGUUGUAGUUCUUUCUUUGUUAAUUUACAGGAAAUAUGGUUACCCAAUAAUCCGUAAGAACAAAAUCGUAGACAAAGUAAUCCGAGAAGACUCAGCGAGUUCCCGAUCAAACUUUUCAUUCAUGCGAUCGGGGCUCCCCAAGCCGUUCCAAUCAACGUCGUUAAGUCAAAUUUUUAAUCACCAGCUGACGUCGACGGCGAUGGAGGGCGCGGUAGGAUUAACCGUUAACAGACGGAGCGAUUUCGAUCCCAGCGAGCCUAUUUACACAGAUCCAUCAUUGUUCGAAGUGUCACGUGAUUCGCUACAUCAAUCAAACUCCGCCCGUAAUGAAAAUCUCCAUCUCAUAUGA